CUUGGUUUUCUCGGCGGCUUCUUCCCCUAAAUCGUUUUCUCCAUUUUUCUUGGGAUAAAUCUUCCUCCUUUCUGCAGACGCCAUGUCGGACAAAGGUCGUCCCUUGCCGAAAUUUGGUGAAUGGGAUGUGAAUGAUCCAGCAUCAGCAGAAGGUUUCACAGUGAUAUUCAACAAAGCUAGGGAUGAGAAAAAGACUGGUGGCAAACCUGGAUCACCCGGUAAAUCCAGUGAGGGUCAUGCUAAGUCUGGAGGAGGAGAUCCUAGUAAACCUCAGCCUAAAAAAUGGCUCUGCUGCAUGCAAUCUCCAGCUGUGGACUCUUGACAGACACAAAGAUGGAUUUGCUUGCUGCCCAAAGAAUGUCACAGUGCUUACACAUCUAAAGCAAUGGUUCUUUUUAUGUUUUAUUGUCUUUCUUGAAAUUAC